GCCAUGGUGGUGGCAGCGGCCCCGUCAUGUCGGCCGAGGUCCGGCUGCAGCGGCUCCGUCGGCUCCAGGAGCUGGUGGUCGAUGGAGGGUGUGUGGGUCUGGAGCCCCUGCUCGACCUGCUGCUGUGUGUCUACCAAGAGCUCAGUGCCUCAGCCCUGGCCCAGGACAAGUAUGUGCUGGACUUCCUGCAGUGGGCGGAGCCCGUUGUUGCUAGACUGAAGGAGAUCCAGCUGCGCAGGGACGACUUUGAGAUUUUGAAGGUGAUAGGACGCGGGGCGUUCAGCGAGGUGGCCGUGGUGAAGCUGAGGCGCACCGGGCAGGUGUUUGCCAUGAAGAUCAUGAAUAAAUGGGACAUAUUGAAAAGAGGAGAGGUAUCGUGUUUCCGGGAGGAGCGGGAUGUGCUGGUGAAUGGGGACCCCCGGUGGGUCACGCAGCUGCAUUUUGCUUUCCAGGACGAGAACUACCUGUACCUGGUGAUGGAGUACUAUGUGGGCGGGGACCUGCUGACCCUUCUGAGCAAGUUUGGGGAGCGGAUCCCCGAAGAGAUGGCACGCUUCUACCUGGCUGAGAUGGUCCUGGCCAUCGACUCCGUGCACCGGCUCGGCUACGUGCACCGGGACAUCAAGCCAGACAACAUCCUUCUGGACCGCUGCGGCCACAUUCGCUUGGCCGACUUCGGUUCCUGCCUCAAGCUUCGAGAGGACGGAACGGUGUGCUCGUCCGUAGCGGUGGGUACCCCAGACUACCUGUCUCCCGAGAUCCUGCAGUCUGUGGGCGACGGAACGAGUUCCUACGGGCCCGAGUGUGACUGGUGGGCCUUGGGCGUGUUUGCCUAUGAGAUGUUCUUCGGCCAGACGCCUUUCUAUGCUGAAUCUAUGGCCGAAACCUAUGGCAAGAUCGUCCACUACAAGGAGCACCUGUCUCUGCCCAUGGCUGAUGUCGGGGUCCCUCAGGAAGCCCGAGACCUGAUCCAACAGCUUCUAUGCCCACGGGAGGUCCGGCUAGGACGGUCUGGGGCCAGGGACUUCCGAGGUCAUCCAUUCUUCCAGGGACUCGACUGGGAGGGCAUUCGGGACAGCUCUCCCCCCUUCGUUCCUGACUUUUCCGGAGCCACGGACACCUGCAACUUCGACCUGGUGGAUGACGGGCUCACGGCCAUGGUGAGCGGGGGUGGGGAGACACUGUCUGACCUGAUAGAAAGCCCCCCACUGGGUAUACACUUACCCUUUGUGGGCUAUUCAUUCUCCUAUGCUGCUCUCAGUGAAAGUGAGGCCCAGGAGGUCAGCCACCCUGCCCCUAUGGAGCUGGAGCCUGAGCCCACAAUUCCUACCCCACCUGAGCUGGCCACCCCCGAAGAGCCUGCCCGGCAGACUCAGGCUGAGGAGGCCACACCAAGCCUAGAGAAGGAGGAGGAAGAGGGGAUCACCUUGCAAGAGCUCCAAGCUGCCCUGGAGGAAGAGAUACUGAACCAGCAGAGCCUUCGAAGAGAGCUGGAUGCCAUCCGCUUAGCCAACCAGAACUUUGCCAGCCAGCUCCAAGCCGCCGAGAGCCGGAAUGGGGAGCUAGAGGUUCAGAUCCAGCAGCUUCGAGAGCGGAUGGAGGAAUUGCAAGCAUCAGCCAACUCGGGGCUCCCCCUUCCCCAGGCCACGGAGCUGCCUUCCCAUCCAGAUGGCCCCCCGGCCGUGGCUCUGUGCCAGUGCCCCCUGGUGGUGCCCUGCCACCUGCUGCCCUGUGCCCGGGUCGGUAAGCCAGGCCUAUCGGAGACGCGCCAGCUGCUCGUCGUCGCCGCUGCUCUGGCUUCUGCCACAGCGCUGGGCCGCCCUGGGCUGGGGGCCUGUGCUGACCCCGACCCCGGCCCUGGCCCUGGCCCCGGCCCCGGCCCCGGCUGGGGCUUCCCCUGGCCGGCUCGCCUCAGCCCCAGAACCGCCCCCGGCCCCUGAGCCCUAGAUUUGUCCCCGAUGAACCCAGGCGCCCCGGGAGGGGAAGCCGUGGUCCGAGCGCGCAGUCCGUCCUCGCCUGCCCUGGACGUAGCGCGUGGUCCCAUCCCCGUGAUCCGGACCCGUCCCCGGAGGCUCCCGCGGCGUCAGGAGAGGGAAUCAAGGGGGGGGAGGAGGACCGCGCCGCCCACUGGGCUGCCCCCUCACAGACCAAAACUGGCCCUCCCUUCAGGGACCCCGCCCCCCACGCCUCCACGCACCACGCGCGCCCGGGGCCUCCUCCGCCUCCCUCACCACUCGCUGCCCGGCUUGAUAUUUAUUGAAACCCACUCCCCAGCCCGCUGCACCAGCCGGACGCCGGGGUUCCCCCGAGUGGCGGUGGCUGAGCUGUCCCGUGCCCGACCCCUUCUCUAUUUAUGCACUGAGAGCCCGACCUUCCCCCCCCCCGCCCCCCGGUAUUUAUUGUCGCCCAAUAAAAGCCUCUUGGUCUCCCUGG